AUGAGCGGGGACGACUGGACGCUGCUGGACUGUUUGUUCUCCGCUCCCGUCUGCAACGGCUGGAGCAACAACACCGAGGGAGCCAUCUACCACCUGGGCAACACUAUGCUGUUCCUGGGCUACAUGGGGGGCAGCGGGGCCUGCGGCUGCCUCUUCAUCUUCGGCUUCCUCGCCCCCUCCUUCCUGUGCCUGACGCUGUGGGGCUGGCUGACCGUGUGCGGUCUGGAUGUCACCACCUGGAACCUGCUCCUGCUGCUGGCCUGCCUGGGCCAGAUCUGCCACCUCCUGUACCGCCUGCACCAGGAGGGCCUCCCCAGCGAGGAGCUGAACGCCCUCUACCAGGACGUCUACCUGCCGCUGGGCGUGCCCGUUCAGGUCUUUAAGGAGAUAGCUAGCGCCUUUGAGAACAAGGUGCUGGAGAUGAAGGCUGGGGAGACGUACGCCGUGGAAGGCAAGACGCCCAUCGAGCAGCUCUCCUUUCUGCUGUCUGGGAGGAUCGACGUAUCGCUGGAGGGUCAGUUCCUGCACUACAUCCACCCGCACCAGUUCCUCGACUCCCCCGAGUGGGAAUCUCUGAGGCCCAAUGAGGAGGGAAAGUUCCAGGUCACGCUGACAGCGGAGGAAGACUCACGCUACAUCUCCUGGCGGCGGCGGCGCCUCUUCUCGCUGCUUUCCAAGGAGCGCUACAUCGCCCGUCUCUUCUCCGUCAUGCUGGGUUUCGACAUCGCAGAGAAGCUCUACAACCUCAACAACAAGCUCUACGUCAAGAGCGGCGUGCUGCUGGACAUCCGCCUGCCCAGCCUCUACCAUGUGCUGGCGCCCUCGUCGCAGAGCAGCGACGACGGCGGCCCCCCGAGAGAGCCCCAGGGGCAAGCACCGGCCCUGCUGAAGUCCGAACUAGACCGGUCUUACCCUUCCCAGCCGCAGCUUCAGAGACAGGAGAAGACCUCGUCGGACGAACCCCCGCAGCAUGACCACUUCCAGACCCCGUGGGUGUCGGACCCCGAGCUGCCCUCUGGUGAGGACUCCACCAGCCUGGUCCUGGAGGACUUUGCUGAUGUGGCGGGCUCCUUAAUGGACUAUGGCACUGAGAGGGAUUAUUUGAGGUAGAGGGGCAGGGUUCUGGAGCUAACACACUGGGUCACCACUUAAGCCACAUGGGGCGAUAGCGACAGGACUCGAGCGCCUCGCUUCCAGAGGAGCAUCAGGGCGCCGCUGGCUCCGACCGACACGCCCAAACUGUGACAACUCCAUCGAUGAAGGUGUUGCAUCCAUGUCUCCUUUCCCUUUAAUGACUUCGAUAUUUGGACCACUGGUUGCUUUUUUAGGUGGGACUGCGACGGUUUGUUUUCUUAGUGGUGUCACGUCUUUCACUUGAUGUUACACUUGACUUUUUGGGGGUUUGUUUGUGCUAGUUGCCUUAAUUACAAGACAUUGUGACAACUUCACUGAAUUUCUACCCCAGGGGGCCAACAUUUCUCCAUAGAGCUACUUUGGAUGCCGUGAAAGCUGACUACUUCCUGUCACAUGACCACUUUGCCUCGUUUAAGAAAUGACAAAAUAAGUUCUCGGUGAAGACGUUAAAAUAAAGACGAGCAUAGAAAGGAAACACAGAUGGAACUAAAAUUUGACUAACGAGUCAAGUGUUCGAUAUUGAAAUUAAUUUGGAAAUAUUUCAUAUUUUAUACAUGAAUGAAUUCACCAAAAUAACAGUGGUGUGGAAAACUGUUUGCCCCCUUCUUUUUCUUUUUUCUCUGCAUGUUUGUCACACUUAAAUCUUUCAGAUUGUCAAAAAAAAUUUAAAAAAAAUGAGUCAAUGACAACGCAGCCGAACACAAAAUGCUUUUUAAAUGAAACCUUUUAUUAUUAAGGCGGAAAAAGUGGGGAAAGAGUGGGGGGGGUGGGGGAGGAACAGCGGUGAACCAACAGUAAAAUUUGGUGGUGGUAGUGUGAUGGUCUGGGGCUGUUUUGCUGCUUCAGGACCUGGAAGACAAAACACACCAGCAAGUCCACCUCUGAAUGGCUGAAGACUUUGGAGUGGCCUAGUCCAAGUCCUGACCUGAAUGCUAUUGAGAUGCUAUGGCAUGACCUUAAAAAGGAAAAGCCUCCAAUGUGGCUGAAUGACAACAAUUCUGCAAAUUCGACUCGCUGCAAGUUAUCACAAACGCUUGAUUGCAGUUGUUGCUGCUCAGGGAGGCCCAACCACUUAUUAGGUUUUAGGGGGCAAUCACUUUUUCACACAGGGACAUGUAGCUUUGGAUGUUUUUUGUCUCCCUAAACAAUAAGUUUGUGCCCAGUGUCUUUCUUAUGGUGGAGUCAUGAACACUGACCUUAACUGAGGCAAGUGAGGCCUGCAGUUCUUUGGAUGUUGUUGUGGGGUCUUUUGUGACCUCUGAUGAGUCGCCGCUGCACUCUUGGGGUCAUUUCGGUUUCCUGGCCACUCCUGGGAAGGUUCACCACUGUUCCAUGCUUUCGCCGUUUGUGGAUAAUAGCUCUCACUGUGGUUGGCUGGAGUCCCAAAGCUUUAGAAAUGGCUUUAGAAGCUUUUCCACACUGAUGGAUCUCAGUUAGUCUCAGUAAAGUUAUGUUUGGAUUUUUUUUCCUCCCUUAAUAAGUUUUUUGUGUCGAGUUGUGUUGCCAUUAACUGCUAUUUAAAUGAGUUUGACGAUCUGAAACAUUUAAAGUGUGAAAAAACAUGCAAAAAAAAGCGUUUUUUCACGCCGCUGUAAAUCAGCAUUGCAUUGUUUCAGGUGUGCCGUCAUAUUUCAUUUCGAGAUGUUUCAUGUGUUCACAUGAAUGUAUGAUGUCAUUGUGUACUAUGAUAUUUCAACACGUUAUGUUCACUCAUCGCUAAAAUACUAGCACUGCGGGUAGUGAAGAAAGGCACGCGUUUGCGACGCCCGUAACAACGUGUAUUUCCGACACUUUGCACCAGCUGACACCUUUAAAACAUUAAAAACUUGCUGUCA